AGGUAUACAGACCAGGGUGGAGAGGAGUCUGAAGGCUACGAGAGCGAAGAGCAGCUGCAGCAGCGUAUUCUGUCUGCGGCCGUGGCUUUUGUACCGCAGUAUGGGUGGAGCUCCGAGGCCAUUGCUGAAGGCGCCAAGACUCUGGACCUAUCUGUGGCUGCAGCGGGAUUAUUCGAGAGCGGCGGGAGCGAGCUCGUCCUGCACUUCGUGUCUGAGUGCAACGCCAGACUGGCCCAACUGCUGGAGGAGGAGCACAAACUGGUGCAACUGGGCAACACUGACAAGAAACCAACAGCUGACUUCUUGAGAGAUGCUAUGGAAGCUCGCCUGAGGAUGCUAAUCCCUUAUAUUGGACAAUGGCCUCAGGCAUUGGGAAUUCUUCUCUUACCACAAAAUAUUCCUAUCAGCUUAAAACUACUGACCUCCAUGGUGGACGACAUCUGGCAUUACGCUGGCGACCAGUCUACAGAUGUCAGCUGGUACACACGCAGGGCAGUUCUUGCAGGUAUUUAUAACACCACAGAGCUGGUCAUGAUGCAAGACAAUUCUCCAGACUUUGAGGAUACCUGGACCUUCCUGCAAAACCGCAUAUCUGAUGCCAUGACUGCAGGCAAUUCUGUGAAACAGGUGACCUCUACAGGGGAAGCCGUCAUUCAGGGGCUGAUGGGAGCUGCUGUUACGUUGAAAAAUUUGACGGGACUUAACCAGCGGCGGUGA